UCAUUCUCCUAGUUUGAUUACUCACUAAUCACUUUUGGUUUCUUAUAUAGCUACUCUCUGAUUUAAAAUAAGAGCACCUUUUUCUCCAGCCAGUGUCUUUGACCCGUCGCAAUUACAUCUGCCCUCAAAUUCAAAAUAUAGUCUAUUACUCUUCGUUAUUCCCAUAUUUUUUUUCCUUAAUUUUGUGUCUAUUGUUUUUCUCAGUAGUAAAAAGAGGAACUUGGGGUCAUUGCGCUGAUUUAUUUUCUAAUUGUAAUCAUACGAUUUUUUCCGGACAAUGAUCUUGUCACAAAAAGAAUGCAAUCAAUGUGAGUUGCAAGCUUUUCUUAAGAACAAAUCAAGUGUCGAAAAAAGUUUUUAUUUCUGGAUUUUCAAAAUAUUUAGUAGAUUUGAUCGCUAAAUCUCUCUUGUGUCACGAGCAACAAGUGUGAAACAUGCAAAUGGGAAGUUCAUGUCUACCUCCAGGAUUUAGAUUUCAUCCAACUGAUGAAGAGCUCAUAGGCUAUUACUUGAGUAGAAAAGUAGAAGGUCUCGAGAUUGAGCUUGAAGUCAUUCCUGUUAUCGAUUUAUAUAAAUUCGAUCCUUGGGAGUUACCAGAUAAAUCGUUCCUACCCAAUAGAGAUAUGGAAUGGUUCUUUUUCUGUCCAAGGGACAAAAAAUAUCCAAAUGGUUCUCGAACCAAUAGGGCUACAAAAGCAGGUUAUUGGAAAGCAACCGGUAAAGAUCGGCAAAUCUCUUGUAAAUCAUCCGGUGCUACAAUCGGAUACCGGAAGACACUAGUUUUCUAUGAAGGUCGUGCCCCAUUGGGUGAUAGAACUAUCUGGUUUAUGCAUGAAUAUCGCCUUUGCGAUGACGAUCUUUCUCAAAAAUCACCAAAUUUCAAGGGAGCUUUUGUGUUAUGUCGUGUAGUCAAGAAGAACGGACUUAAGACCAAAACUUUGAAAAAUAAAAACGAACAAGCUAUUGGUUCAGGUUGCUCUAGCCUUGCGACCUCUCCAUGUCGAGAUGAAACGACGCAGUUUCAAUCUUUCAAGCCUUCUUUAACUACAAACGAAACUUCUAGCAUUUGGAUUUCGCCUGAUUUCAUCCUUGAUUCCUCAAAAGAUUAUUCUCAAAUUCAAGAGGGUGCUUCUGAAUACCUUCCCAACUACCAUUUUCCAGUCAAUGGGGCGAACCACCAAAUGGGAUUUCCAGAGAGUUCUUAUUUGAACAUUGAUCAAUCAGUGCAAACCGGUUACUGGCCAAAUUAUGAAUACGACCAAACCGGUUCAUUCGAUUACUCAAACCUUUUCUAGGUAGAAGGAAAUGUGUGGGUUUCUUCAGGACAAAAACGCCUUUUAAUGUUGGAGUCCUCGAAGAAGAUAAAAUUGGUUUGCAUAAAUUUGGAGUUUCUUGAAUUUUAUU